AGGUUUGCAUUGACUGUAGUGAUAGACUGACGGACGUGUUUUAGCAGCAUGCACCCUGAUCUUUCUCCACAUUUACACACAGAUGAAUGCAAUGCUCUUAUUUCUAAGCUUCAGAACUGUCACAAAGAGCGUCUGCAGAGGCGUGCCAACAAUCGAAAAGAAAGUGAAGAACGUCUGAAAAAAAUACAUGCCAAACUUGGUGAAGGUUACAACUGGCAGAAAAUGUGAUGUACGGGACAGUAGUGAACACUUAAGACACUGUUGUUGAUUGACAGUACGUAUAUAAUUCUUUGGAACAAAAUUAAUAGGUGGAGCUAAAAAAAAUCUUUCAGAGCAAAUUAAGAGUGUUUUUUAUUUCUUCAGGAAUAAAAGAUAAAAACUCAGUUCAUCACAAUGAGUGUUGUAGAAGGCCCUAUAGAGGAAACAGUGGCAUUGGAUCUUAAAUAUCCCAGUGUGAGUGAGAGAUACUUUACUAAAUAUUACUUCAUACCUAAGGAGAAAAAGAAAGUAGAAAAUGCUAGUGGAAAUAAUGUUUUAGCUUGUGAAGUUGACCAAGAUACAGCUUCUGAGCAAAGUGGGAAUGAAUCUACUGCAUUAAAAGAAAACAACAGAAGAUCUUAUCCCCAGAAUAAUGAAAAUAGCUCAGCAAGAGAGGAAAGAGUUUCAUCACAGCCAGACAAUAGUGGACAUACAUGUGUUAUGGUACAUACUAAUAAGCUGUGCCUUAUAACCCUCUCUCAUCGACACCCUGUGUUAGCUGAAAAGAAGGAAAUAGCUCAGAUCAGCUAUGAUGUAGGCAAGUUCAACCGAUUGGAUAAUCAGGUAUCUGGAAAGGGAAAGAGAGGUGCUCAGCUUAUGGGGCUUCAGUCACCAGUCUGCAUCAUUUCAUGUGUUGAUGGCACAAAGUACACUGUAUUGGCUGGUGUUCAGGGGAAACUAGUCGAGGUAAAUGAACGCCUCUUAUCAUAUCCCCAACUUGUGAGUGACCAUCCAGAUGCUGAAGGGUACUUGGCUGUUGUAUUACCCCCAUUACGGAAUGGGGACUUCAUGCGUAGUAAACUUUUCACUGAGGAACAGUACAAAGAACUGGAUCACUAUGGCAUAUCUGGAUGUUGAUAUCAAGCAUUUAGUUAUCAGAAUUGAAAACUUAAAUUUUAAACUACGUACUGUAUUUAGAUUAUUAGACAUCUUUGAUUACGUUAUGAAGAGGUUACUUCAAAAGUACAACAUAUGCCAUUUUACCUGUUGACAAAAGAAUCCAAUAUAUAAAAUGUUUUCAGCCAUACACCAUUGUAAGUAUCCACAGAAUAGUGAAUUCAUUUCAUAUUGCAGUAUAUAAGCUUAUAAACUGACAUCCUUUGUGGUGAGAGACAAAUGAUGAAUUAACCCAUGCACUACAGUCUUGAGUUUUGGAACUGACCUCUAUACUAAUGUUAAAUUAAAAUUAUAUAUUAAAUUAAAAUUAUAUGUUAAAUUGAAAUUAUAUGUUGCUGUAUAUGAUUGUUGUUUCAAUGAAUAUUAGACACUUGGAGACAAUUAAAAUGUGGUGGUUAA